GGUUUACAACUUUACACAUUCCACUUGGAUUAAGCCGACCAUAUUCAUUCAAUUCAACUUAGCGUCAAAACACAGUCAAUGUCAAGUGACUGGUGAACUCGAAGAACAAUAAUCAUCGUGUUUUGCAGCUGAAAUAUGUCUAGAAGAAUUGCGUUCGGAUUCAUGAAAGGAUCAGUCACACAGAAGCUGAAAUCAAUGGCGGUUCCGAUCGCCAAUCGCAGGCAUUAUUGUUCUUCAUCAUCUUCUUCUUCCGCUACUGCAACUCACAAAUCGAAUCUUCCUCCUUCUUCUAGAAUGGGAAGAUUACUUACAGGAGCCGUUAUUGGUCUGGUUGGAGGAGCUUAUGUCAGCACUUUAGAUGAACCAACAUUCAGUGGCUGGUUAUUCUCAGCAUCGAAACUUGCAAAUCCAUUGUUUGCACUGCUGGAUCCCGAGGUUGCUCACCGCCUGGCUAUCUCUGCCGCGGCUCGUGGGUUGGUCCCUAAAGAAAAGAGACCCGACCAACAAAUACUAGGGCUUGAAGUUUGGGGAAGAAGGUUUUCUAAUCCAAUCGGUCUCUCUGCCGGAUUCGAUAAAAACGCAGAAGCUGUUGACGGUUUACUUGGUUUAGGUUUCGGUUUCGUAGAAGUUGGAUCAGUAACUCCUCUUCCACAAGAAGGUAAUCCAAAGCCUCGUAUGUUCAGAUUGCGAGACCAAGGUGCCAUUAUUAACAGGUGUGGUUUUAACGGUGAUGGAAUAGCUGCUGUUGCAAAACGGUUGGAGGCUCAACAUGAAGCCAAACACGGAGGCAAAGCGGGUCCCGGGAUUCUUGGGGUCAAUAUCGGAAAGAAUAAAACCAGUGAGGAUGCUGCUGCAGAUUAUGUACAAGGCGUUCAUUCACUAUCCCAGUAUGCCGACUACUUGGUGAUUAAUGUGUCGUCCCCAAAUACCCCCGGACUCCGGCAGCUUCAAGGAAGAAAUCAGUUAAAGGAUCUUGUUAAGAAGGUUAAAGCAGCUCGUGAUGAGAUGAAAUGGGGUAAAGAAGGCCCACCUCCACUACUAGUCAAAAUCGCUCCAGAUUUGUCUAAGCAAGAUCUUGAAGAUAUUGCAGCGGUUGCUCUUGACCUCAGCUUGGAUGGUUUGAUUAUAUCGAACACAACAAUUUCAAGGCCGGAAGUAGUAGCGAUAAACCCUGUGUCAAAGGAAAGUGGUGGACUGAGCGGGAAGCCUCUUUUUAGUUUGUCAAAUGAUAUACUCAAGGAUGUGUAUGUUCUAACAAAGGGAAAGAUUCCUUUGGUCGGCUGUGGAGGUGUGAGCAGUGGUGAGGAUGCUUACAAAAAGAUAAGAGCAGGAGCAACUCUUGUUCAGCUUUAUUCAGCGUUUGCUUAUGGUGGACCCGCCCUUAUACCUCAGAUUAAGGCCGAACUUGCAGAUUGCUUAAAAAGGGACGGUUUCAAGUCAAUUUAUGAAGCGGUUGGUGCAGAUUGCCGCAGCGGUUCUGAUGUUUGAGGGGUGAAGAGAAUUCACGACAUUGACUUCGGUGAUCCCAGAAAUUGUUGACGAUAACGACGAAGAACUGUAUGGCGCGUUUCAAGCUAAUCUUCAUGAGGCUUUUAGAGUUUUAGUUUGAGUGAAACCAUUGUGUUAACUCUUCGUUUCAAAACUUUGUGUUAGAUUUAUAGGUUUUGAACCAAUUUUAAUAAUUAUUUGAGAAUGUUACAAUGGGCAACAUUGUUAUAAGAUGGGUUAUAUACAACUAGGAUUUCAUAAAAUAA